AUGGGAGGUUUUCUCGCAAAAAUGAUAAGCAAGAAAAUUCUUGGUGAAAGCCUAGAAAAUAAAUUUGGACAUGAAGAUCCCUACUUUGAGACUAUACCAGCGUCUAAACUUGGAGAUACAUCAUUGAGGAAAAAAGGUAAAAAGAGACGCAAAGCUCUACCUCCUGGUAUAUCAGAUCAUGAUAGGAAAGUUCUCACCAAAGUGAAAAGACGGGCGUAUCGUCUGGAUAUGUGCCUUUUCAGUUGUUGUGGGAUAAGCUUUGGAUGGUCAAGCGUGAUUGGCUUCAUGCCAGGCAUUGGCGACGCAAUAGACGCAUUUAUGGCUCUAAUGGUAUUUCGAACAUGCCAACAAGUAGAGGGAGGCCUUCCCCAAUCCAUCAGUCUGAAAAUGAUGGCCAACAUCAUAAUCGACUUUUGUAUUGGGCUUGUUCCUGUUAUGGGGGACAUAUGCGACGCCAUGUUUCGUGCCAAUACUCGUAACGCUGUAGUACUCGAAAAUUUUCUACGCGAUAAGGGUGCCAAGAAUCUUAUGGGUCAUAGCGACAAUCCCCCUCCAGACCCAUCGGAUCCGGAGGAGUUUGAUCGUCGUGAGCGAGAAGAGUUAUCAGCAUCGAGUCUCACAGCAGCGACGCGAGCGAAGGCAACCACACGAAGGAAUUAA